AUGCAGUGCAGCUGUAGCUCUUCAGUGGGACACCUUUCAGCGCCCUACUGGAGCAGAACAGUGCUGUUCCCUGACUGGGCCUACAAACCGGCUUGGUCGCCCGGCUCCAGACAGGUGCAGCUGUGGCACUUCCUGCUGGAGCUGCUGGGGCGGGGCGAGGGCGGGGCCAUCGGCUGGGGAGGGGAGUGGGGCGAGUUUGUCAUCCGGGACCCCGAGAGGCUGGCCAGGCUGUGGGGGGAGAGGAAGGGGAAACCGCACAUGAACUACGACAAACUCAGCCGGGCACUCAGAUACUACUACAACAAACGCAUCCUGCACAAGACCAAAGGGAAAAGAUUCACCUACAAGUUCAACUUCAGCAAACUCAUCCUGGUCAACUAUCCAGGACACCCGGCACCGUCCGGCCAUCAGCUGCUACAGAGCGGCCCUGUUCCCUACCCCCUCCUCCCCGCUGAGAGUGGUCUUCCUCUGUGUGGAGGAGCAGGGUCAGUGAUGGACAGAGCGGUCCAGGCUGUCCCUUAUCCCUUCCUGCUCCCGUGCUGCCUCCCUAAGCCCAUCCCGACGCCCCGCGCCCUCCACGGCCACUUCCCCUUCAUCUCCGCCCCUGGGCGUCUGGGGGCCAACCUGAGGGAGCUCCCGCCUCUCGCCUCGGCCCUCCACGCCAGCGCCGACGGCUGGCCCCACAAGGGCCCCGCAGGGUGGGAUCUGAACCACAUCGGUCGAGGCCUGCUGCUUGGUGGAGGGAAGCAGACUGAAAGACAAGGAGAGGAGAGGAGAGCGGGGAGCGACGCACAGAUGGGGGAGAGAGAGUGA